AUGGCCGAGAUCCUCGACGUCUCACCCGUGGGGUGGGAUAACAUGAAGAAGAACUGGUGGCAAUUUGUCUUCAUUGGCAUCUUGCUAGCUUGUGUUUCUAUCGGUUCGCUCAAGCUUCUCUACUCGGGGGUAACGCGCCUCUGGAGCUAUUAUAAGACAAGACCACGAUCAGAGACGAUACCGACCAACGUCAUCCAGCGACUUGAAAGGCUUUCAGACCAACAGCUGGUUUUGAGGAAUUUUGAACGACGGAAGCCGUCUUCUUUUGGCGUCUACCUGGGUACUUUCAAUUCACCCCCGACUCAGGACGAACUUCGCGUUUUGAACCAGUGGGAUUUGCUGAUCGUCGACCCUUCCCAACCUGGUACUCUCGAAGCGGUCACCACCGCGGAACGGAAACAACUGGUUGGCCGAGUCGACCUCGAUCGCAUCAUCUCCAAGGAUGAUGCGUUGCUGCUGGCGAUCGAAAAAAUUGAAAAUGUCUUAAUGGGAAGUUUCAAUAACACGGUCUUCAGCGGUAUUCUGUUCGCCAACUGGGAAGACAAAUUCACCCCGAUUGUUUUCUCCAAGCUUAUCGAGGUUGUCGAUGAAUUGUGCCUGGCGGUUUAUUUGGAAACUGGUCCGGAAAAUUUCUUGAAGGACCACAAAGCCCUUCAAAAUGGCGCCAUAUCCGGUCUCGUCAUGCGAAACGCCAGUAUCAUGCCCCAGGGUGAGAAGAGGGAUUACUUCCAAAUCGUGAAACUGCAGCCGACGAUCAAGGCCUUCGUCUCCGAAGCUUGCAUGAGGGACUUUGUGGUUCUGGCGUGGGAAACCGUGGACGACAAUGCCUCGUUGUCCAAUGCCGUGGUUCAGAGAUCUCUCCAGUGGUGCAAUUUCUACAGCGCCAUCCCUUGGAUUGGCCGGCAGUCUGCCUUGCAAAAUGCCGCCCUGAACGUGAAGAUCACCGAGCCUCUCUCUUCUUUCGGUUGGUUGAAAGACGCCGAUGUUAUGAAGGCUCACGAUCGUUGGCGCUCCAACCUACACGUGGAAAAUACCGUGGCAGACCAGCAUGAAUGGGACACCCUCGCUCAAUUUUUCCCGGCUCUAAACGACGUCCUUGACUCCUCGGAAACUCAUGCGGCCAUGACCGACAGCCUGAACACGUCGGUUCGCGAUCCGCCAGAGUGGGUUGCCCAGAUCAAAUCCCAAGGGAGUCCAUUGUCCGUAUCCAUGGCCGGACUAGAAUACAAUUCAUUGGGAUGCUUUCCGCUUGGGUCUGAGGCAACGCCAGUUGCUUUUGCCGAAAUUCUCCAGUCCCAGCUACGUCUCAAGUCGCUCGCACUGCUCCAUCCGGUCCCCGCGACAACGGUUCCCGAUAUUGGUAAGGUUUUGAAGAAAUUCCUUCAAACCUACGUUGCCUCCGAGUUGAAUACUUCGGACCAGCUCGUUGCCUCACUCAGGGAGCUGUGCAAUUUGGCCUUAAACGACUCUUUGCGAGUGAAUCUUGCGUUGGAUUCUGGAUUGCGUAAGAGCGUUGACAUGCGUUUCUGGGCUGUUUACCAGAUGGAUUCCGAUGGGUUUGAAGUAUUUGCUUCUAAAAACGCUCAAGGUUUGGUUGGCAUGGUACUACAUACAUUCUUAUCCGCAAAGGGUCAUCCUCGCCAUGUUUGCUUCGAGACAGAGAUUGCCUUCGCCAAAUGGUCAAAUGAUUUGGUCGAUGACACGGGGCUUCCUCGUCGACUUGUUCAAGAUAUUGACGCCCUGAGCCCCGAGGAGCGACUCCUUUUGUUGCAGCACCUCUCCUUGACCGAUUCCAAGAGCGAGGCUUCGGAUACCAUCUGUGCAUAUAUCCGGAGACAGCUCAUCGAUGCGCCUUCAUUUGUCCAGCUCAAGGAACUCAACACUAUCUCUUACCUCGAGGGAUCUGUGUCUCCCGAAUCCUUGAUCAAUACUCGUGUGGCCUGGUAUCAGGAACAACAUUCAUCUUAUCCAUCUGCCUCCAAAUGUCUCGCUCUCUUCAAUCAGACCGACGCUGUCUUCACUCAGAUCUUGAAAGAGCGCCGUGAGAAUGACCUUGCUCUGAUUUCGAACGGUCUGUGCAAGCUUCUCCAGAAUGAUGUCAUUGACCCGUAUGCCGAUAUAUUAGCGCUUUCGCUUUUCUGCGCCGCAAGGAAGGGUGCUCUGGAUGAGAUUUACGCCGAGGUGACCGAUCGAAACCCCCUAUUCAACAAUCAAUCCGACCAAGCGGCUGCUUUUGCUGAAUCGUUUGCCCUUGGCUCGCGAUGCGAGGCGUACUUUGACAUCUCGCCCAGUGCCUUCGGAAGAUUGCUGUCGAAUCGCUUCAGAAAGCAGUACACGGAUGAGAAGCUUCCGGAUUGGAUUAAUGGCGCCCCUGAGAUGGCCACGUCGUAUGCCGGUGCACAGAUUGACGUGAACCCAGACGAUAAGGUCAAACCGAUGCGCGGGUACCAGCGAUUUACGUUCCUCAGUGUUUUUGCCUUCCCAGCCCUGAUUGAUAUCCUUAUGCUCACCAUCAUCGGUCGUGGACUGUAUCUAUCCGCGUUUAUGACGUACGAGGAGCAGGAGAGUGCCACCAUUGCCCUGAUGAUAUCGCUUCUCAUGUCUGGAGCCAUCGGUACAUGGAUCGCAUGCGGCGGACCUUAUUACCUAAUAUCCAUGGCAUUCGCUGCUUCGAACAUGUUUGUGCUGAUCAGAUUGAUCGCUGGUAUUGCAUUCACUGUCGCCGGUGGUCUCAUCGGAUUCGUUGCAAUCUCCGGGGUUAACGGACCUCGUGCUGGAAUUAUCUUUUACCUCUAUCUCAUUGCGCUGACGAUCUACUUCUCUGCCUUUGCCUCCCUUGCCAGUUUCAGUUAUCCCGGAUCCAGCUUUUUGUCUGGCCGCACCGUUAUCUUCGCUUGCAUUCCCAUUCUUUUCAUUUCGCCAAUCGUCACAACCUUCACUGGUCAUGAUUCGGCCAUUUAUCUCGCCGUCAUUUACGUUUUCAUUGGUUUCCUUCUCUUUGGUCUGCGAACGAUCGCAUCCAAGUGGGUGACCUGGUAUCAACACAUCAGAAGAACCGAUGACACUGAAAUCCGGAAAUGGUACGUUGCCACCCACGGUGACGGCAACGAGAAGGUCUUCGGGAACUUGAGUGAUCCUGCCGUUCUCAAGCUGUCAAGAGAAGCUCUGUUCAAGGAUGUUAUGGCGGAGAAGGAGCGUUGGUUUUUCACGAAGGCAACACCCGACACCCUGGUUCUCGAGCUUGCUCGGGAUUGGGAUUCCACGAACUUCCUCCUUGACUGGUACUGCCGCUACGCCGACGUCCCCCGUCCGAUUCCCUUCAGUUCUGGGUGGAACAUCCAAACCAAGGUGGCUCUCGACACGCUGCGCAGCUCCCAGAAAGGAAUUCGUUCCCACAACGCUUUUAUCCAUUGGCGCCAAUCCAGCAGAGAAAUAGGCUGCGGUAUUCUGUACUUCGUCCUGGCCCUGCUUGAUAAGUGGGUGGAGCUGCUGAGCGGUGGACAUCUUGUCGGUCUCUCGGCCGCGCUUACGGAUGCCUACCGAAUGUCUGUUGGUUUCGGUCUGGCGUACUACCUCAUCGGUGCGGUGUUGAUUGAUACGAAGGCCCAAGAGCUCCAUGACUUGAUCGGUAAACACUCGGCUGUCGCGGUCGAAACCGCGAAGGAUAUCCGACCUUCGCAGAAGCGGGACAUCAAAUUCAAGAGGAAGGUCUAUUGGAAGACCUUCGGUAAAUAUCUUAUGUGGCACGUCUGGAGUCUUGCCCUGGCUACCGCUCUCAUCUGGAGCUUCCAGUCAUCCGUGGAGGCUAUGAUUAUGUUCUUCGCCUACGUUCUAGCCUACACCGGUUUGCUUUGGUACCAGUAUACGAAAAUCUUCACUGGACCUCAUGCUUUGAAACCCCUACUGGCGGGAGUCGUCGUUGGACUUCCAGUUGGUAUUGCCCUGAAAGUCUGUCUCCCUGGGUUCUUAUACUCUCAGGUGAUUGGUCUGGGGUCCGCCACGUGGACAACUGCCAUUCUCGCCCUCUUUGCAUCAAAGAUGGGCAUGCCAAAAAAGGUCGAAUCACCGGUGGAACUUGGCAAGACCUUCCAUGCCUUUACUGCACCAUGGGCGGAUCCCGAGUGGUCUCAACAGGAGCUGCAAACAUUCUUCGAGGGGAUGUCUGUCAUUCCCGCGGACGCCAGAUUGACUCUUACUCCCAGUAUCCAUCCCGGCGUGGAGGUGAAAAACAUCCUGCUCAUGCGCAGAAAAGAGCCAAGAAUCGAAGAGGCGUUUCCGCAGUCGCAGGAGCUGGUCAACAAGGCCCUAGGAGCCUGGGAAAAGGGACAAAUCGUACUCGAGCUCGUUCCCUUAGGAUCGCUGGGCCCGAACAUCCAGGCUUUGAGCUGCAACACGUCAACCCAGCUUAGGAUUGCGGUGUGUGUGGGACGCGGUCUCGAUGAGCGAAUCGAUGUCAGUGCCAACUGUCAGGUCAUUGCGGAAACUCUCCUUCACGCAGUGGCAGAGUGUAUGCUGCGGAUGCCGCACGACUAUGCAGUACUUGCUGAAUCGCUCGUCACUGCAGGUGUAACCGAGACCACCGCCCGACAGCUCCGCGAAGAAACCAACACGCCGCUCGUCGUGCGCUGGGCCAAGAAGGAGCUUCUGCGCCAACUUUGCCUUGGAUUUGAAUGUGACGCUCACUGGGAAAAGCUUCCGAAAUCCGUGCGAACUGCCCUAUUAGAUCGCUGUCUCGGCAAAGAAUCUCAGUUCCCAGUUCAUAACCGACAAUGGCUCCAGGAGAGCUUGCGACAGUUUGACACGAACGACUUCGAAGUGCACGUUGCGCGGACUAAUCUCGGCGCUGCCACGGCUGUUAGCAUCCUCGACUAUGCGAACUACGGUACCGGUGAAGCUGCCAUCAUCAAGGAUAACGAAUCUCCAGCCUAUAUCCCAUACAUUCCGAAGAGACCCCAAAAGGCCAUCUCCAUGCUGAAGAAAAUUGGGAACUCCUUCUAUUACGCCCUCUCCUCGAUGAUCAAAUUCACUGUCGUUGCUUUGGUGGCUGACCCUGAGUUCCAGAGGGAAUUUGCCCAUGUCAUGAGUGAUCGUCCUGCGUUCAUUCGAGUGCCCCUUGUCUUUUUGCUGAAUAUGCUGUGGUCUUAUGCAAAAUUCUUCCAGGAUAUGUGCCUUACCUUUUUCUUGUUCGCUGGCCGGACGAAUGUCAAACGGCUCUGGGACGAGACAAAGGGUAUGACGAUCAGCAUCAAGAAGAGCAGGUACAUCAUCCGGAGUCUCGAUGGAACUUUCACUGCUUUCAGACACGAUGAGGCAGACGGUGGAUUCAAAGUCUACAUCUACCUUGGAGAGUCUAAGACCGAGCCUGAGGGAACGAAGCAUCUUCGAUACAUCAACACCUACUCCAAGGAGAUCUUGUUACAUAUCAGACAAGAAUUCAAGGACGGCAAGCUGCUUAACGAGUACCACUAUGACUACCGCGCUCCGACGAAAAAGAACUUUACGCUCUCGAAGACUUCGGACACCAAGAUUCCGAUGGGUAGGCGGUGCGUGCGUGGACAGAACAACCUCCAAAGCAUCCAGUACAACCGCAAAGGUCUCAUCGAGGCUGGUUCCUAUAUGAAAGAUGGCAAUCUCGUUCGCUUCAAGUACCACUACCGCAAGAAUCCUCGAUUCGGUGACGAGUUGCUUCGGGCCGAGUUUGCACUCUCUCAUAUCACCUGUACCGUCUCCUGGUGUGCACCUCCUCUCCGCCAUGCUCAGAAGGUGGAUCGAUGGAUUCCUCAUUCCAAGGUCACAGAGGCGACUUUUGUCCAGGGAGCCGAUGUGUAUGAAGCUCGUUGGUUGUAUGACCACAAGUUCCAUCCGAUGAUUUUUACCACGCUCAAUGGACAAACGGUCCAGACCCCGCCCAUGAUUGAACAUGACUACCUGGCCGUACUUGCAAAACCCAAGCAUACCAGCUUUGUGAAUGAUAACCCCCUUGUCUACUGCGAGAGUCUGAACUCAAACAUCUUAACCCGGUCUCUCGGACUGACCACCAAGCGCUUCCCAGUGUCAACCUCUCGUGCUCGUUCACUGAUCUGGAAGGCUUGGAAAGACCGCCCUGACUUCGAUGGUAUCAUUGUUCGAUGGAUGGACGACCGGCUUCUGCGGCGAGACAAGACGCUUGCGCCUUACUGGCGUAGCCGGGAUCGUGGAAACCUGGUGGCGGCAAAGAAAUACUUGGAUCUUCGUGCGGAUUCCAUUACAGCCAGUGCCGAUCUGGACGACGACAUCUCUAGCUGGACCCCCCUCGCGGUGAAGAUGAGCGAUCUGUUCAAUUUUGGACCUGGAGGUGAUGCUGUCGUCAACACUCGAUCGAAGGACUUCGGCUCGGACACCGAGAAAUCAUUGCAUGUCAUGGCUGCUGAUACCGGUACCUGGCCCAACGAAGGCGGUGGUGUCUCUGCCUGUCGACGUGAUAUGAUCAAUUCCCUGCGGUCCAUCAAAUGGCAUAUGAUCUGCGAGUCGGCCAACGAUUUCGGCGUACCCAAGCAUCAGACCGAACAGAAUAUUCUGUCCUUGAAAGUGGUCCCCCUCUGGGGAUUGGAUUUCCUUACCCCUACCCAUGGUCUCUUUAGGAACAAGCUCGACUCCGAGGUCGAAAACGUCACCUCUGCUAGUGACACCGACAUCAAACUCAACUUCAUUCCGAUCCUCACUGCAUUGGUCAAGGGAGCCCGCUCCGUCCAUCUCUCAAAGGCCGACAUUAAUCAAGCCACUCGAGCCCUCGUCAACCUCAACACCUACUUCCAGGAAUCGCGUCAUUGGACCCAAGUGUGGAACAGUGACAUUGUCAAGGAGAGCUGGCGUAAUCUCUGGCUUACUCAAGAGAUGCCCAACGCCGCGCCAUCUUCCGAAUGGUUCCGUACUGAGCUUCCCACACUCACCUCACUCGACGUCGCGUUGGAGCUAUGGUACCGGUACUUGUUCAUCUUCUCCAUCCCCAUCCCGGAAAAGAUCCCGAGCGUGUUCCAGGCGUCUCACCACAGUGUCAGCGCCUCUUAUGGAGUGGUCUGCAAGGUCAAGAAGAACUGCACUUUGCAGAUUUGGGACCAUGCCAUCAGCUGGAGAGAAACCAACCUGUGCCUUUCGUCUGCCCUGUGCAAACUAUCGCCGUUCGUUCGAAAUGCAUUGCUGGGUUUGAUGCGCAUCACGUCUGCUUUGACCCUGCACCAUGCUGAUAUCAUCCUCCCCUGUGCGGAUUUCUUCAACCCCGGAUGGGAGGCCGAAAUCGGUACCUGCCAAGGAAGUAUCGAGCAUCGCAAUGUCUUCCGCCGCAAGGUCGAUCCCGUCGUCAAUGGUAUCACGGAUAUGCAGAAGUUCGCCCCCGUUAAGGAGAUCAAGUCCCAGCGCCCCACAGUUACGAUGUUGUCCCACGUCUGGUACGCCAAGGACAUCAAGACGGCACUCCUCGCCGCUGACAUCAUCAUUAACCAGUGGAAGUUCGACGAUUACCACCUGGACAUCUACGGAGCUAUCGACAAGGCCCCGACCUACUCCACGGAAUGUCAAGAAAUCAUCGCUUCCAAGGGUUUGCGUGGCAAGGUUACCCUUCGCGGCACAGCUGACCCCAUGAAGGUGUUGGAGAACACCUGGCUCUUCCUGAACUCGUCCUUGUCGGAAGGUCUCCCGCUGGCCUUGGGUGAAGCUGCCCUGACCGGUGCGCCUGUGGUCUGUACCGACGUGGGUGCAUCGCUCCGGGUUCUCAGCGACCCCGACAAUUUCUCUCGAUUCAGUGCCGUCGUUGCCCCCAACGAUGCUCUGGCUCUCGCGAAGGCGCAGAUCUCGAUGCUCGGGAUGUUGGGCGAAUGGAGUCAGCACGCCGAGGACACGGAGCCCGCUCCUGUGCUCACCUCGUCUCCCACGCCGGAAGAAGUUGAACGGAUCACCCGCCGUAUGUACGAGAAGAGCGACCACCGUCGCAAACUCGGAAUGAUGACGCGCAAGAUCGUGCAGAAGUCCUUCAGCGGUGAUCGAUACCUCCGUGAGCACGAGCAGAUGCUUUGGAUUGGCAAGUCGGCCAAGAUCAUGUCCAGCCGCCCCGGCGCCGGCAUCAGCGACCCCGUCGACGUCGCCACGGCCAUCCAACAAGCGCUGCCCAUCGAAGAAGAGGUCAUUACUAUUCCUCGCAGUGCCGUCCACUCGUGGCGCUCUUCUGCUGCCUCCGGCAUGUCGACCAUGUACAGCAACGACAACUUCCCCAUGCUGGGCGGCAACAACCAACGUGCCUCCUCCAUCCGCUCCGGCCUCAGCAACGUCUCCACAGACACCGAGUCCUUCCUGCCUCUUCCUAGCAAUGCCUCGCUUCCCGUCUUCGCCCCGCGUCAGGCCCUCUCCUAUUCCGGCAUGUCGGGUCGUCUGUCGCCUUCCGGACGCGCUUCGCCGUCCGGUCGGCUUUCUCCUCUGCCUCAUCGCCACUCGCAUACGCGCUCCAUCUCCACUGCCGGCCGAGAACAGCUGCGCGGUCUGCAACGUGAAGACGCGCAUCCUUACCGUAACUCGGAUGUCAGUACUAUCAUGAGAGACGAGUUCCUUCAGUCGAGCAUCUACCGCGGCAUUGAAGGUGGCAACAAGUCGAACAAUGUCUAA